CGAUGAGCAAACUCAUGAUGAUCGGUUCACGAGUGACCGCGUGUUCCUAGUCUCCGAGCUGCGAGCUAACAUUCAAAGGGCGACCAACAAAAGGUCUAUGUCAACGACAGCGCUCGUUUUGAACGCUCCCUGGAUCCGAGAACUGGUUCGGACUUGGCAAGCGUCGGAUGAGUGGCGAACACAUGAGAUGCGCAGCACCGAUGUGCGUGAGUGGUCAACAGCAAAGGACGCGGAAGUCCAUUUUCUUGCUUGUAUUGAAGACUUGAUAGAGCCGCCGCGACCUGCGAUUGUUGCAGGAGAAACUGCGGGACGACCAAAGAAGUCACCGUUUCUGCAUGCUUAUGCAAAAGAGCCGCUUCAAAGAAGCAGCGCUCAGUCUGGCGAAAUCGAUAUUCUGCAAGCUUCAUGCACCAAGCUGGUGCCUGCUACGCUCAAGACGACGAGCACCGGCGACACAUCAAGUCCGGAAAGUAGUAGACCGGUGUCCUUUUUCAAAGUCUAUCGAUGGGAUCGAAUGGCUGUUCAAAGAUGGAUGCUGUCCCGCGUGGGCCCCAGAGGAGAGGCGAGCCUCGCAGCGUCAUCUGUAAAGUUAGAGACUCCUGUAAUAAAGUUGGAAACUUUUCUGGAGAAAUUGCUUAUUCCCUUGGACAACCUGUUCACGGAGAGUGCAUAUCGUAGCGGCCUACAAGGCGGCGGCAGUUCUGGCAACUACACUGACGUAAAGUUACUACAAAGAAAUCUGCGACGACUUGCGGACAGAGUUCUGCGAGUCAUUGCUGCGUCGGAUUCGACACCCCCAGAGGUGGGCACACCCGCGGCAACCUUGAAGCCUGACGCACAGUCGGAUUUCGUGUCGGAGCUAGAUGCGAUAAUUGACAAAGAGCUGGAUAUUUUGGACUCGAAGUUCUUCAGAAAUCCGCUUGAGGAUUGAGAUUUUUAGACGUCUACAAGAAAAAUGUACCCCAUUAAGCUUUCUAGUAAAACGAUUAUCAUCACAUUUAAUUCCUUUCUUGAAAAUGAAUGAAUCCCGAAGAACCCAUGUUGUCUAACAAAUGUAUAGAACUGAUGAAAAUUGAUUAUAUCAAGUGAACUGCUAACCCCGAAUUUGUCGUCUUGGUACAACGACAGAAAAAGAAAGUAAUAAUGAAGAGUUUGCUUGUCUUAUCUCCCCGUUCCUUCUGUGAGAUGUUGCGACGUGUGAAAAAUUUAUAAUGUAUUACAAAGGGCUUUUUUCUUUUGGUGCACACUGAUCGCCAAGCUGACUAUUUUUCGUUUUUUCCUCGCGUGCUGCCAAAAUCAUUACUUUGUCCCCGAUAAGGAAAAAGCUAGUUUUCCUCAAAUGAGAAAUUUUUUCGAAGAACAAGGCACUGAUAGUCGCGGACCGCGGAUUUGCAGACUCUGGGG